CAAUUGAGGAAUAUCUGGACUGAACUGGUGUGUGGUUUAUUCUACAGAAAUCCGCACGACCUCCUGAAGGGUAAAAGGUCACUCAUCGAGGGAGCACUUAAUCAGGGAUGGCAGAGAGAGUGAGAGUGAUGGAGAUAGAGAGAUAAAUAGAGAGGGGAUUGCAGGAAGAAAUUAGUAUUACUAUUAAAACGGACAAGGAGAGACAGUUUCUCAGUUGAAGGCUGUAAACUACAGAAGCCAUCGUAGGAGUGCAGAGUUAAGAGUUUCUCACAGCCAUCUGCUCAGUUUUUAACUGCAUCUGGAGCGAUGAAAGCAUGGGCCUUUCUGUUGUCACUGUGUGUGACCGCGCAGGCCUUACGGAGGAUCACUCUGAAGAAAAUGCCUUCCAUUCGAGAGACUCUUAAGGAGACAGGGGUCACACCAGCAGAAGUGUUUGCAGUACUUGCGCCAAAGUUGGAUGCCAGUCCUUCACUUCACAAUGGCACGGCCCGAACACCUCUAACCAACUAUCUGGAUACUCAGUACUUUGGGGAGAUAAGUAUUGGUACACCAGCACAGGUGUUCAACGUUGUGUUUGAUACUGGUUCUGCCAACCUUUGGGUUCCUUCUCAGAGCUGUUCUCCACUAUACACAGCAUGCUUUACUCAUAACAGAUAUGACGCCUCUAAAUCUCACACACAUAUUCAAAAUGGAACAGGAUUCUCCAUCCAGUAUGCUUCUGGAAACGUCCGGGGGUUUCUGAGUGAGGAUAUAGUUGUGGUGAGUGGUAUCCCGGUGGUGCAAGUGUUUGCAGAGGCCACAGUUCUCCCAGCCAUCCCAUUCAUCUUUGCAAAGUUUGAUGGCGUGCUGGGAAUGGGUUAUCCUGAGGCAGCUAUUGAUGGCAUCACACCGGUGUUUGAUCGUAUUAUGUCUCAGGGCGUGCUGAAAGAGAACAGUUUCUCUGUGUAUUACAGCAGAGACCCAGAACACAUCCCAGGAGGAGAAUUGGUGCUGGGCGGCACAGAUCCGAACUACUACAUGGGAUCCUUCCACUACGUCAGCACCAAGGGAGAGGGCAAGUGGGAGGUCAUUAUGAAAGGUGUAUCUGUGGGUGAAGAGACGUUGUUCUGUACAGAAGGCUGUAAUACAAUGAUUGACACAGGCUCCUCCUACAUCACUGGCCCCGCCUCUUCUGUCUCCAUUCUGAUGAAGAUGAUUGGUGCUGUGGAGCUGGCAGAGGGAGGAUAUACCGUGAACUGUGACCUGGUGAUGUCCUUACCCAGUGUGACCUUUCACCUUGGUGAUCAGGAGUAUCCUCUGACACAGGAAGACUAUGUUCUCUGGCAGUCACAGUUUGGGGAGGACAUCUGCACUGUGACGUUCAGAGAGCUGGAUCUUCCACCUCCUGCUGGUCCUGUCUGGAUACUGGGGGCUAAAUUCAUUGCCCGAUAUUACACAGUGUUUGAUCGAAAAAACAACCGCAUUGGCUUUGCUCAAGCAGUGUGACACUCUGCAGGGCCUUCCAGAUAAUACUAUAGCAUUCCAUACUAUACCACACCAUACCAUACCACACCAUACCGUACCAUGCUACACCACACCAUAUCACACCAACCAUACCACACCCUACCACACCACAUCAUAACACACCUUACCAUAUCACACCAUAUCACACUGCACCAUACCACACUAUCACACCAUACCACACCCUACCACACUAUUCCACGCCAUACCAUAUCAUAAGAUACCAUACUACACCACACUACACCCUACCAUACCACACCAUACCACACCACACCCUACCACACCACAUCAUAAGACACCUUACCAUAUCACACCAUAUCACACCGCACCAUACCACACUAUCACACCAUACCAUACCACACCAUACCACACCCUACCACACCACAUCAUAACACACUAUCACACCACACCAUACCACACCCUACCACACCACAUCAUAACACACUAUCACACCAUACCAUACCACACCCUACCAUACCACACCCUACCACACCGUACCAUAUCAUAAGAUACCAUACUACACCACACUACACCCUACCAUACCACACCAUACCAUACCACACCAUACCGUACCAUGCUACACCACACCAUAUCACACCAACCAUACCACACCCUACCACACCACAUCAUAACACACCUUACCAUAUCACACCAUAUCACACUGCACCAUACCACACUAUCACACCAUACCACACCCUACCACACUAUUCCACGCCAUACCAUAUCAUAAGAUACCAUACUACACCACACUACACCCUACCAUACCACACCAUACCAUACCACACCCUACCACACCACAUCAUAAGACACCUUACCAUAUCACACCAUAUCACACCGCACCAUACCACACUAUCACACCAUACCAUACCACACCCUACCACACCACAUCAUAACACACUAUCACACCAUACCAUACCACACCCUACCAUACCACACCCUACCACACCGUACCAUAUCAUAAGAUACCAUACUACACCACACUACACCCUACCAUACCACACCAUACCACACCAUAUCACACCGCACCAUACCACACUAUCACACCAUACCAUACCACACCCUACCACACCGUACCAUAUCAUAAGAUACCAUACUACACCACACUACACCCUACCAUACCAUAACACACCAUACCAUACCACUCCCUACCAUACCAUAUCACACCAACCAUACCAGAUCACACCAUACCACACCAUACCAUACUACUUCACACCAUGCCACACCACAUCACACCAUACGAUAACAUGCCAUACCAUACUAUACCACUCCACUUUUCUACGUGACAGAUGCUGCUUUUAUACCACAGAGCUGAUGAUUCUCAAAUAUGAGUUGUCUGAAUCUCAAUGUUAUAGAUUAAUUUUCUAUAACAACUCUGACAGUAGUGCUGAUUGUAAUUCAAAUCAUAGGUUUAUAUUAAUGCACUCCUUCUAACAUGUUAUCAUUUUCCUAGUAACAAUUCAUUCACAGGGACUUGUAUGUUUAAUCCGUCAUAUAAUCUAAACCUUUGAGAAGUAAAGCUGUAAAGUUUUCCAACAUGAGAAAAUCUUCAGGACAGAGAACUUCGAGAUUUCUUGGUUACAUCAUAACAUUUUUGUCUUAUUAACUUCAAGAGAAUUCUUAUUUAUAUGUAGUAUAGCUGCUAUAUAGUAAGUGACAAUAGGAACUAAGUUUGACAUUCCAAAACAUUAAAUGAUACUAUAAACUGAUUAAAAGUUUCAUUCUUUAGUAAAUAAAAUAAUUGCUGGCAUAAUGGCAUGGUAUACAAUACAAUUAAUACACUUUUGGAUAUGCUGUUAUAGGAAAAUAACCAACUUCACUUUGUGCCACUUUGUCUGGGGCUACAUCACACCACCCUACUGUUGAUUAUUUUCCAAAACAGCACAUCUCAUAGUGUUGUAUUACUUAACAGACUAAAUUGAUCUGAGCAGCUUAGUGGUGAUAAUGUAGUGACCAAAACGUCCAAACACCAGGACUGUCAAAGAAACACUUUGUCUUCAGCCUGCUCAGCUGUACAGUUGGAAUGGAUUUUGCUUUACCUGUAAUUAGGUUUGGACAAAACUGUCUGCUAAAUGAUUAAGUGUAGAUUCUAUCUGUAGGUUACAGCCAGAUUAAAAUCCCAUGUCAAAGCGAAGCAAUCUUUAAAGAACAACUGUCUGGAUAAAAUAGGCCUAUAUAAAGCUUUCUUCCUCUUUGUUUCAGUCAUGACUUGUCCACCUAAACUUGGUAGCACUUUCUUGUCAGCAUCUUUUGUUCCCACCAUAUUCUGUAUCCAAAAGCACUUUGACUGACAGCAUCUAAAAUUGCACAUACAGUUUUAUAUAUGUAUGUGUGUUUCUGCCAGAACUUGUAUCAAAAACCAUUUGAAAAGUGUCUAAAUGAAAUUCCAACUGACUUGUCUUACACAAAAGCAUAAAUAUGCCAUUUUUGGACAAGUCAGGUGAUACAUUGCCUAGAAACUGAGCUAUAAACCUUUGAGUGAUUUGGGUCAAGGUGUAAAGUCUAUUUUUUGAGUUUAUCAUAUCCAACCACAGCCUUAUUAGAAGAGGUUUUAAUUUUAAAACCCCUCAAGGUCUUUUCUCCACAGUUUGAUAUUAAUUUUGGUUCUCAGACUAGGAAUUCUUUAAAAAAAAAAAAAAAAAAAAAGCCAACUACGUGUAAGGAAAAACUCACCAAAUGCCCUACUGAUGCUCUAAAAAAACAUAAAAAUCUAGGCCACUUAAUAAAACAUUAACUUAAUUUCUGGCAGAAGCUAGUGCACACUUUCAGUACCAGCAAACUGCUACAUACUAUACUUCAGUAUACACAAAAACUGUCUUAGUUAUUUUUACAGACCUUUGUUAUAUCUGUGAACAUUUUAUUUUAAUCAUUUCCUUCCAUAAAUGGCUAUUUGCUAGUUUGCACUUUAAAGGAGGCCAUAUACCCUAGCACAGGCUUUUUGGCAUUGCUUUUAAUAUGCUCCUUAUUUUAAAUUUUAUUCUUAUUUUUUACCACAUUGUUCCAUCUCUUUUGAUAUCAUUAGCCUUUCUGAUUUAUUCCUUUAAGGAUAUUUAAUCCGUUCAUUUGAAUUAUAAGGAUUAUGUUUUACUGUGAUUUAUGUGCUUUACUGUAUUAAUAAAGAGAGGAACUGACUGAUUUGAA